AUGGCCAAAACGACCGGAUUCGAAUUCACGGCUCGAGCGCCCUCUACACUCCUUCUUCUCGCUCUAGUCGCUACUUCGAUCACGCCGACUUGUGCGCUUAAUGCUCUCCUAGAACGUGCGGAUAGCUGUCCCAAGACCUAUUCGCGAUGCGAGAACGCAGGCCUCCCGGACUCCUUCUGCUGCCCGUCGUCGUCAACGUGCGUUGCCUUGGACGGUGGAACGUCGGCCAUAUGCUGUCCCAAGGGACAGAGUUGUUCGUAUAUCCAGCCCAUCACCUGCGACGUGCAAUUGCAGAACGCAACCCUGCACGAGACGAACGCCAUCAAAACUACCCGGCUGGACGAUUCCCUGCCCAAGUGCGGAGACUCGUGCUGUCCCUUUGGAUACAAGUGCAAGGGAAACGAGAUGUGCGAGAUGGACGACGACACAUCUUCCUCGACCACCACAAAACCAAGCUCGACGCACACGACAACAUCUGCUCCGUCCGAGAAGACCACCGCAACAAAAUCAGACCCCUCCUCGACAACAGACCACGCCGUCCCCACGGUCGUAUCGCCUACAAACCCCAAGGUUUCCGCCUCCCUCUCCUCCGACGGCAACUCCACCGCCGCCGCCCUGGCUGCCAAAUGCCCUUCAUACCCCAGCAAAGCCGUGCUCGCGGGCUUCUUCCCCGGCGCAAUCUUUGGCGCCGUGCUCGCCGCCCUAGGGAUGGUCUUCUUCCGACGCUGGCAGCACCGACAGCUGCCGGUGUCGGAAAAGGUCGCGCAGCACACGCAACGCUCCUCCAACGGCACUCUGAUCGGAAUCUCGAGCCCCAUCCCAACCGAAGACACCUCCUACCGCACCGACUUCCUCCUGCGGCGCUCUCGAUCCUCGAAACGGAACUCCGAGGGCGCUCGAUCCGUGCUCCAGCGCACCGGCACCCGCGUCAGGAGUCUCUUCGGCUCAACCCCCAAGAUCACCGUGCAGCCGCCGUCAGAGAACGUGCCUCAAGUGCCUGCGAUCCCGCCCAUGCCCGCAGCGCCUCCUCUGCCGGUCACCCCGCCGCGACAGACCCGGCCGCCGCGUCAGCCCAGCACGGAGAGUAUCCGGGUGUAUACGCCUCCCGGGGUGUUUGCGAACACGGGCGUGCUGAAGCCGGACCCGUAUCCGAGUUUUCGCCCGGAUACCACGUUCACGGACAUGAUUGAUCGGGUGGGAUUCAAGGAUAAUAAGGGCGAUCCGUCGUACCGGGUGAACGAGACUCCUCAGGGUAGCCCGGACAAGAUACGGAUCCCGCGCAGGUCGUGA